AUGGCUACCGAACACCCGCCGACUGAGGCUGCAGCCCGGACCUUUGGCUCCGGUCCAAACCACACCCAUGCGCGUGUCUCAGCCUCUGCCGCGACGGCCAAACACAUCGCCAUCGACCCCUUUACUUCAGACCGUAAGAUCAUGGACAAUGGAAAAUUGCUCGUGAGCGGAGUGGUUCCGCCGCUCAUUGCAUUCAUCUCAACGCGGAGCCACGACGGCACGAGCGAGAAUCUAGCGCCCAUGAGCUUCUUCUUCCAAAUGGUCAACGUAGACCCGCCCAUCUUGGUUGUUGGGCUGUCGAGCUCAAUGGCCGAAGCUAAGGAUACGUCAAUCGACCUCUUGUAG